UCUUGAAGUGUUAUAUCAUCUUUGAUGGGCUGCACGGCGCAGUGGAUUGUGGGUACGACGUCACGCCGCCGCCAUUCUUUCUGUCCCGGCUGAAGGAGAGUCUCUGAGUCUCUGGAGUCAUGAGAGGAAUCCGGUCUCUGAACAGUCUCCCCAAACGUUGCUAUGCAGCCGCCAGGAGGAGUGAAGCUCUGACUGUACCCCUCGCCGGCCGCGCACCGUCCUCAGCUGCACCUCCCCCUCCCCAAAAUGUCCAGGUGUCCAAGCUUCCAAACGGUCUGGUGAUCGCAUCGCUGGAGAACCAUUCCCCCCUGUCCAGUGUUGGUGUGUUUGUGAAAGCUGGGAGUCGCUAUGAGACGGUGGAGAACCAGGGCGUCUCUCAUGUGCUACGACUGGCAGCAAACCUGACUACCAAGGGUGCGUCCGCCUUCAAGAUCUGCCGCGGCGUGGAGGCACUCGGGGGUAGUCUGAGUGUAACGUCAUCGAGAGAGACCACCGCCUACACCGCAGAGUGCAUGAGAGAUCAUGUAGAUUCAUUAUUUGAGUUCUUGGUCAAUGUGACCGCAGCUCAGGACUUCCGGCCGUGGGAGGUGGACGAUCUGACGCCCAGGCUGAAGAUCGACAAGGCCCUGGCUCAGCAGUGUACUCAGAUAGGUGUAAUUGAGAAGUUGCAUGAAGCAGCGUACAAAAACGCCCUGUCCAACUCUCUGUACUGUCCUGACUACAUGGUCGGCCGUGUCUCCUCCACACAGCUGCAGUCAUUUGUUGAGGACCAUUUCACCACUGGCAGAAUGGCUCUUGUAGGACUAGGUGUAAAGCACUCCAUCCUGAGGCAGAUGGGCGAGGGGCUCCUGAGCGCCCGCAGCGGGGCCGGAGCACCUGUGGCUAAGGCUGUGUACCGUGGAGGUGAGCUGCGGGUGCAUACCAAUGACGCCCUGGUCCACGCGGUGAUUACCAGUGAGGGUGGUGUGACAGGUAGCGCGGAUGCUAAUGCCUUCAGCGUGCUGCAAAGGAUCCUGGGAGCUGGGCCACAUGUAAAGAGGGGCUCCAACAUCACCAGCAAGCUGAGUCAGGGUAUUGCCAAAGCUACCACACAGCCCUUUGAUGCCACAGCCUUCAAUGCCUCAUACUCCGACUCCGGCCUGUUUGGCAUCUACACCAUUUCACAAGCUGACUCUGCAGCGGAGGUGAUCAAAGCUGCCGUCGCUCAGGUGAGAGGUGUGGCUGAGGGAAACAUAUCGGAGGCUGACAUCACCAGAGCAAAGAACCAGGUGAAAUCGGAGUACCUGAUGUCAAUGGAGAGCUCUGAGAGUCUAUUGGAGGAGAUCGGUGCUCAGGCUCUGACGACUGCAGCGUACCAGCUCCCUGCCGCUGUUCUCCAGGCGAUAGACGCCGUCACCCAGGACGAUUUGGUCAAGGCUGCGAAAACAUUUGUAGAUGGCAAGAAGACCAUGGCAGCUAGUGGACACCUGGUUAAUACACCAUUUGUGGAUGAAGUAUGAAGACGGAGUAUCAGAAAGGAUGAUUUUAACUUGGGCACGCUGUGCCUGGCUGCUUCAAAAGGAAAGAGGACUUCAAAGCCUCCUGCAACAAUUCAUUUGAUGUCACCAAUCAUUUGUAGUCUGUCCUGCAGUAAGUGUAACCACCAACAAGGAGCUUAAUGCAAUUUCUUUUGUUAUUUUUGUCAAUUUAACUGUAUAUCUAUGUAAAUUAAAGACAGUAAUAACC